ACAUUUGACAGAUCAAAACUCUCACACUCUACUCUGUCAGUUACUCAGGGACUGAAGUCGGCUGAGUUGUACCUUUUGUUGUACCUUUUUUCUGAGGUCGAAAGGGAGGAAUUAUUCUGCACCAUGCCGUCUCUGAAACACUCAUACACGGUGACAGCACAGGAGGAGAGCCCGGCCUCCUUCCCACUGGACAAACACAAGACCCCAACCUUGUCCCGCUCCAUACUGGUGUCCACCUUCAUGGGUCUGAUCAUCAACCAGGCCAAGAACAAGAGUCAACUAGGCCUGGUGGGGUUGAGGAACCUUGGCAACACGUGCUUCAUGAACUCCAUUCUACAGUGUCUGAGCAACACUCCGGAGCUGAGGGAUUACUGCCUUAGGAACAUCCAUCGCACAGACCUCAACAAAAACCGCAAGAAGAAGACGGCUCUCAUGGAAGAAUUUGCAAAACUGACUCAAAACCUGUGGACGUCUGUGAACAACGAGGCCAUCAGUCCCUCAGAUUUCAGGAACCAGAUCCAGAAAUACGCUCCCAAAUUUGUGGGCUGCAAUCAGCAGGAUGCACAGGAAUUUCUGCGCAUGUUACUGGAUGGUCUCCACACUGAAGUGAACAGAGGUAUCGUCAGACACAAGGUUUCGCCUGAUAACUUGGAUCAUCUCUCAGAUGAUGAGAAAGGAAAGUGGAUGUGGAAAAAGUACUUGGAGAGAGAGGACAGUAAAGUAGUAGAGUUAUUUGUUGGACAGCUGAAAAGUUCUCUGACCUGCACUGUCUGUGGUUUCCAGUCCACUGUGUUUGAGCCAUUCUGGGAUUUAUCAAUACCUAUUGCAAAGAAGAGCUUGGGCGAAGUGUCCCUCAAAGACUGUUUGAGGCUCUUUACCAAGGAAGAUGUUCUAGAUGGAGAUGAAAGGCCGACGUGUGACAGAUGUAAAACCAGAAGGAAAUGCACGAAAAGAUUCAGCAUCCAGAAGUUUCCUCAGAUUCUUGUGCUUCACCUCAAGCGUUUCUCAGACUCCAACAAUCGAACCAACAAACUCUCCACUUACGUCAACUUCCCACUCAAAGAUCUGGACAUGCAGGUGUUCUCAUCUGGAAGCAGUGAGCAAGUCAUGUACAACCUGUAUGCAGUGUCCAACCACAGUGGGAACGCCCUGGGCGGUCACUACACGGCCUACUGCAAGAAUGCAGCAUUGGGGGAGUGGUACAACUACAACGACUGCAGAGUUAGCCCCAUGUCCUCGAGUCAGGUGCGCAGCAGCAAUGCCUAUGUUCUCUUCUACGAACUGGCCUCAGGCCCCCACAACAAAUACCAGACAUGUCGCCUAUAGGUGAUAACGGAGUAAAAAAAAAAAAGACUCACCAUAGUGGACUUCACAGUGGACUUCAAAAUGUGGGGUUUGGAUGCCCCCUGGUGGACAGAGAGAGAGACAACUGUGAAUAUACGUAGCUCUGCUUGAGGACAAAGAGAUGUUGCUGUGGAGCAAAUCAAACCUUUAAACAUAAGGUGAAUGUCAAGGCACUUUUGCACUGAGGUCAUUACUGGACUUUUUGGGUAUAAACUGACAGAGAAAAGAGACAUAAACCACGAAUACUACUGUCAAUACGCACUUGAGGUGGUGGGAUACUUUCGUGUGGAAUAACGGAGUAUUGAGAUUUUUGUGGGGUUUUUUUGUUGUUACAAUAUCCCCACAGUUCUCAGAUAAUCAAAAAAAAUAGAUUUCUUUUACAAUUCCCUGAAUCCCCCAAAUUUGAAAAGUUAUACAUUCCCUAUGUUUUGAAUUUUGAGUUGAAAAAAAAUGUCCCUGAUCCUUCUCUGAAAAUUAGACCAUCACAGAAACUUGAAACUUUUUAGACAGCUUUUAUAUUUGUAUUUAUAAUUUAUGGGUAAAAAACACUGUUAAAACAAAAUGUGUCACUGCUGCUGUGAAGAUAUGAACGGGUAAUGAGGUGAAAAUAUAAUCUAUGUCAGCUUGCAUUUUUCAACCUUUAUUUAUCCAGCCAAAACAUAGGCUGGGGAAGUUUAAAGUGUAAUGUAUAUUUAAAAAAAUAAAAAUUAUGUUUUAUUCA